GAUGGCAGUCAACUCAGCGAAUCCAAAUAUGGAGAGAAGAUGGGAUCUGACUUGUGACUUUUGCUCUUCUUCUUUUUCUUCUUCUCCUCCCUCCAGAUCGGAAGGAAUGGGGCACCCCCACCCUUACGCGCCGCCGGAGCUUCGCCUCCCUGGAUUCGUGCCUCUGCGGCUGUCCCAGGGGGAAAUCCUCGUGCCCUACCUCGGCGCCUCCCUCUUCGUCGUCCUCGCCGUCUGGCUCGUCUCCGCAAGAUGUGGAGGUGGCAGGCUAUCCAAGACCGACCGAUGGCUGAUGUGCUGGUGGGCCUUCACCGGCCUCACCCACAUCAUCAUCGAGGGGACCUUCGUCUUCGCGCCCAAAUUCUUCGCCAACCAAAACCCCUCUUACUUCGAUGAAGUUUGGAAAGAGUAUAGCAAAGGUGACUCCAGAUAUGUCGCCAGAGACACCGCGACUGUUACGGUUGAAGGAAUUACAGCCGUCUUGGAAGGCCCCGCAUCACUCCUUGCUGUCUAUGCCAUCUCAUCUCAGAAGUCCUACAGCCAUAUCCUCCAAUUCACUGUCUGUCUUGGUCAGCUCUAUGGAUGCCUGGUCUACUUCAUUACAGCAUACUUGGAUGGAUUCAACUUCUGGGCUAGUCCAUUCUACUUCUGGGCUUAUUUCAUUGGUGCAAACAGCUCAUGGGUUGUGAUACCAAUUCUCAUUGCCAUGAGGAGCUGGAAGAAGAUUUGUGCAGCAUUUCAAGUUGAAAAGGUGAAGACUAAAUAGGGAUGAGGUUUACCUCGAUCACAGUUUGGUCAGAACUAAUUAAUACACAUUUGUACUAUGGACAACAUAAAUUUGUUCCUGCUAUUGAAACGAACCCAUUGUGUU